GCGGUCCCCAACCCCGUCCCCUCCCCGCCGCCCGGGGGCGCGGCCCGGGGCAGCAGCCGGGUCCCUGGCAUGGUGCUCAAGGCCUUCUUCCCAACAUGCUGUGCCUCAGCAGACAGUGGCCUGCUGGUGGGACGGUGGGUCCCGGAGCAGAGCAGUGCUAUAGUGCUGGCUGUAGUGCACUUUCCCUUCAUCCCCAUCCAGGUCAAGGAGCUCCUGGCCCAGGUGCAGCAGGCCAGUCAGGUGGGCAUGGCCGUGCUGGGCACCUGGUGCCACCGCCAGCAAGAACCCGAGGAGAGCCUGGGCCACUUCCUGGAGGGCCUGGGCACCAUCUUCUCCCAUGAGCCUUGGCUACAGCUGUGCCGGGAGAGGGGCAGCAAGUUCUGGAGCUGCAAGGCCAUCCACCGGCAAGUGUCUGCUGCCCCUGAUGUCUCCAACGAAGACCAGGUCAUGCUAAUCUUCUAUGACCAGCGCAAGGUGCUGCUAUCCCAGCUGCACCCACCUACAGUCGUAUCUGAUCACCAGGAUGGAGAUGCUAUGGCUAGUACUGGGGGCCUGGCUGUGGUCUUUGAUACGGUGGCACGCAGCGAGGUGCUGUUCUGCAGUGACCAGUAUGAUGAAGGCCCUGUGCGGCUGAGCCACUGGCAGUCAGAGGGUGUGGAGGCCAGUGUUCUUGUGGAGCUGGCAAAGCGGGCCUCAGGGCCAGUCUGCCUGCUGCUAGCCUGUCUGCUGUCACUGAUCUCAGCAGCCAGUGGCUGCCGGCUGUGGAAACUGUGGCCCCUGCCCUUCAUCAGGAGUAAGCUCUCCACCUGUGAACAGCUCCGGCACCGGCUUGACCAUCUAACCCUUGUCUUCAGCACCCAGAAGGCCCAAAGUCCCGCCCAGCUGAUGAGGAAGGCCAACAUGCUGGUCUCUGUGCUCCUGGACGUGGCCCUUGGCCUCAUAUUGCUGUCCUGGCUCCACAGCAGCAACCGAAUUGGACAACUGGCUGAUGCCCUCGUCCCUGUGGCUGACCACGUGGCCGAGGAGCUCCAGCAUUUGCUGCAGUGGCUGAUGGGUGCUCCAGCUGGACUUAAGAUGAACCGGGCGCUAGACCAGGUGCUGGGCCGCUUCUUCCUGUACCACAUUCACCUGUGGAUCAGCUACAUCCACCUCAUGUCCCCUUUCAUCGAGCGCAUCCUGUGGCACGUGGGUCUCUCAGCCUGCCUGGGUCUGACAGUUGCCCUAUCCAUCCUGUCGGACAUCAUCGCUCUCCUCACCUUCCACAUCUAUUGCUUCUAUGUCUAUGGUGCCAGGCUGUACUGCCUAAAGAUCUACGGCCUAUCAUCUCUCUGGCGUCUCUUCCGGGGGAAGAAGUGGAAUGUUCUGCGCCAGCGGGUGGACUCCUGCUCCUACAACCUAGACCAGCUGUUCAUUGGGACCUUGCUGUUCACCAUCCUGGUCUUCCUUCUACCCACCACGGCCCUGUACUACCUGGUGUUCACCCUGCUCCGGCUCCUGGUGGUCACCGUGCAGGGCUUGAUCCAUCUGCUCGUGGACCUCGUCAACACCCUGCCUCUGUAUUCCCUUGGACUCCGGCUUUGCCGGCCCUACAGACUGGCAGCUGGUGUGAAGUUCCGUGUCCUAGAGCAUGAAGUAGGCAGGCCUCUUCGCCUCCUGAUGCAGAUAAACCCUCUGCCCUACAGCCGUGUGGUGCACACCUACCGCUUGCCCAGCUGUGGUUGCCACCCCAAACACUCUUGGGGCUCCCUGUGCCGCAAGCUGUUCUUUGGAGAGCUUAUCUACCCCUGGAGGCAAGGAGGGGACAAGCAGGAUUGAGGGACUGCCACAGCCCUCCCAGUACCACUGCACAGCUUGGUCUUCCUGCCCUCUGCCAGGAUGGUAUUGACCUUGUGGGCAGGCCAGGUCACACUGUGCUCCUGAGUGAGGGCAGGCCUUGCUCUUGAGUGCCUGUUCUGGAUCUUGGGGGCCUAUGCAGUCCCUGCCAGGCAGUCAGCUGCCACCCCACAACCCCAUCCCUCUCUAGCACCAUCUGCCUUGGGAGCCUCCCCCUGGUCUGUUGUGAUGCCUGGCAGCCCCCAGGCUUGCCCAGGAGUACCACCACACCCAGACCCUGUGAGGGUGCUGGCAGGUCUUCCUGGCUGGUCCCUAGCAGCCCCACCCUGUCAGGUGGGGCGGAGGGACCCUCCCAGGAUGCACUCCUAGGUCCCUGAGGACUUCCAGCUGCUGCAGUAGAAUGACCCCAUCUGGGAGUUGAAGCAGCUGCUGACCCAGCCCCAGCCCUUAUGGACCGGAGCCCUCAUCCUGAGCUAGGCAGGCUGGUUUGUCGGUGCUUCCUGGGGACUGCUUCGUGAGGAGGAUGUUGACAAGACAUUUGUGCCCCUUCGCUGGAAGCUGGGCCAUCUGGUCAACUGGAGUUACCUUUUUGGAAAGUGGGUGUCCAGCCACCUGGCUGCCCCACUUCUGCCCAAUACUCAAUGGGACAGGUCCUUUGAUGAAAUCUUCCAUCUUCUCACUGGCUUCUUGUGGGCAGACAGUUCUGUGGACUACCACGAGUGGCCUCCAGGAUGUAGUUUGGCACUUAGGUCCAGGUUUCCUGCCAGGAUCCUGUGUAAGCCAAGCACCCCAGGGAGAGGGAAGCCUGAAGGUGCUGGGUGGUGUGGAAAUGUCUGUGCUGAGGGCAGUGAGCCCUGCCCGUCUCACGGCACUUGGGAAUGCCCAUAUUCCUUUGCUGCAGGCCACAGCAACACUAAGUACCCAGUGGAGGGUGCUGGUGGGGAUAGGUCCUGACCUUGCCUUUUUUGUUUUGUCUUGAGAAGGGGUCUCACUGUGUUGCCCAGGCUGGUCUAUAACUGGGUUCAAGUGGUCCUGCCUCAGUCUCCUUAUUAGCUGGGACUAUAGGUAUGCAUCCUGUGUCCAGCUCCCUGACUCUGCCUUUCCCCGUGGUGACAAUAAAGCCUCCCACACGUGUGGAGCACCA